AUGAAAUGUGAAAUAAUUCUUCGCUUUCCAGGGAAUACUGAAUUGGAAGCUUUGUUGAAUUUGGUCAGUGCAAACAGCCAUAAAUUAACUCCAGCAAGCCGUCUUCCUUACGAUGCGACAAAAUUUCUUCCGUUGUUUACGUUGAGGGUGAUAAGAAUUGCUCAAGAUAGCAGCGUAUGA